GGAAUCAUUCCGAAGACUUCUACGUGUUUCAAUAUAUUCAUCAAAAAGUAAUUUUCAAAAGAGAAAUGGUUAUCAAUAUUGAUGUAGCUGAUGAGGCAUUCAUAUAUUUAAUGGGCCAUGUCGUAGAUAACAAAAUUUUAUUUCCGGCUAUGGGAUAUCUUUUUUGUCUCUGGGAGAUGAUGGCAUCGUUGAAUAAACAAGAGUGUACCAAUGUACCAAUCGUAUUUGAAGACGUUAAUUUUAUUCGUGCUACAGUACUAUCACAACAAAAUGAGAUUGAAUUAACUUUUUCGAUUCAAGAAGGUACCAACAGGUUUGAAAUAACCGAAGGAGAUAAUGCUAUUGUUACUGGAACAGUACGAAUUCCAAACAAUAUUGAAAAUGAAAAAAUAUCAGCUAAUCUUGCUGAAUAUAUCGAUGAUGACGAAGAAAUGAAUGCAAAAGACAUCUAUAAGGAAUUAAGACUUCGCGGUUAUCAAUAUACCGGCGCAUUUCGUGGAUUACAAAGUGCAUCGGUUUCGGGAUCAAACGGUCAUAUCGCAUGGACAUCUAAUUGGGUGGCAUUUAUGGACAGUAUGUUACAGAUGAUGAUAUUAGGACAGAAUUCAAGAAGCCUUUAUGUUCCAACAAGAAUUCGCAAACUGACUAUUGAUCCAAAAUAUCACACACAGAUAAUUCAGGAUUAUCCAAUUGAAGAUAGACAAUUCUCUGUUCGUCGUUACAAGUCUUCAGACGCUAUAAUAUCUGGAGGAAUAGAAAUUUGUGGCACUGUUGCUACACCUAUAUCUCGCCGAAAAAAAGUAGUUAAUACCGUUCUUGAAGAAUACAAAUUUGUUGCUCAUCGUGAUUUAGGUACUAUGUCGUUGCAAGAUGCAGUAAGAAUGUCGGUGCACAUUGCACUCGAAUGUUACAAUGUGACAAAUGUUAAAAUUAUCGAACUUGUCGAUGACAGUGACAAUGUGACACCAGAAGAUUUAAAUUCUCCAGUUAUUAGUGAAAUCUUAAAUAAUUUACCGCAGAUUCGACACCACACUAAACUCGUGAAGACUCACGAAAAAUUCCCAAAUAUCUCUUUGCCCAACGAUGUUUCUACCACGGAGAUUACUAAGUUAUCGAAAAACGAGAACUGUCUGAUGAUCAUUGGUUUCGAUAUUUUGACAAAAAAUAGCAAGAAAUUAUAUGAACAGUUAUUGCCUUUAUUAAUGCCGCAAGGUUUUAUAUUAACUCUGGAAAAAUCUGGUGCGGUUUGCGAUUAUUCAUGUCUGAAAACAUAUGAGUUGGAUGUCAUACUGGAGAAACAAAUAAAUGAAAAGACGCUUUGCUACUAAGAAAAAUGCGAAGUGUUGCGAAAAACCAGCGGAUUGUACAUGUGAACAAUUAUGAGUUUACGUGGGUAGAUGAACUAAAGUCAA